AUGGAGACAUACCUACAAUAUCGCCGCAUAGGGCAAACCGUUCGGAAACAACUCGAGUCGGACGCAGCAGACGUGCGGCAACUGCCAUGUCUCUCACGCCAGGAGACCCGCGUCGUCGGUGGCCGACAAGUUCUUGUCGUCGAUUGGGACGGACCGGAUGACCCUCACAACCCGCGAAACUGGCCGUUUAUGAGACGCUUCAACACCACAAUCAUCAUCACGGGUAUUUCCUUCAUGGUGGGACUCGCCGCACCCAUCGACAGUGCGGUCCUUCCUCAAGCCGCGGCAGACUUCGGGGUCAGCGAGGUGGUCGAAACGAUGGCGGUCGGUCUCUUCUUGAUUGGCUUUGGCGUGGGUGCUUUGAUUUGCGGCCCAUUUAGCGAAGUUCUCGGGAGGAGUAUGACCUAUCUGGUCAGCCUGGCUUGCAUGUGUAUUUUCCUGAUGGCAUCGGCGCUGGCGCCCAACAUUGGCGCCCAACUGGCUUUUCGAUUCAUUGCCGGCUUCUGUGGCGCGUCCCCUCUGGUCUGCGCCGGAGGGUCAGUCUCAGACAUGUUCACGGCUUUGGAGAAGACGUACAUGUUUCCCAUCUUCUCCAUCGGAGGCUUCGGCGGUGCGGCCGCCGGUCCGAUCAUGGGAGCGUGGAUUCCACAGUCACCCUAUCUCCAUACCUGGCGCUGGACGGAAUGGGUGGCGCUGUUGUCGGGUGGUCUCAUCUUGUCCUUGACCUUUCUCUUCCAGCCGGAGACUUACCAUCCCGUGAUCCUCAGCUGGAAGGCGGCACACCUCCGAAAGAUCACGGGUGACAAGCGAUACUAUGCAGCGCACGAACUGGAACGUACCCCGCUGUUGACACGCCUGAGGAUCGCCCUUCCGCGUCCGUUCGAGAUGGCCUUCCGCGAGCCCGUCAUCCUGCUCAUCACCCUCUACAUGUCUGUACUGUACAUCAUCCUCUUCACCUUCUUCGAUGGGUACGAAUACAUCUAUACCCGCACCUACGGCAUCUCGCAGGGUCUCACAAACACCAUCUUCGUCGGCAUCUUUGUGGGCAUCUGGCUUGCCUCGGUAUGGAUGCCUUGGGUCUACAAGAAGACGGUCGAGGCACAACGCCGAGCCGAGGCAGAUGGAUUGAAGCAAUUCGACCCCGAAAUCCGGCUGUGGUUCGCCAUGCUCGGCGGAGCCCCGGCCAUCCCCAUAUCCCUGUUCUGGAUGGCUUGGACCUCGUACCCGAGCAUCUCCAUCUGGUCCCCGAUCAUGGCAUCGGUUCUGUUCGGGUACGGAACUGUCUUGAUUUUCAUCAGCUCAUACAUGUAUCUGAUUGACACCUAUGAAUCUUGGGCUGCGAGUGCCUUGACAUUUGUCACACUUGCCCGUUACUGCUGCGCUGGCGGAAUGACCAUUGUCGGAAUUCCAUUCUACAGAAAUAUGGGGCAUCAUUGGACCCUCACCAUCUUGGGCUGUCUGAGCCUGUUGCUGACGCCCAUUCCGUAUGUCUUUUACAAGUACGGCCAUAUCAUUCGGAAAAACAGUCGGUUUGCAGUCACGCGUUCAGUCGAAGAGGCCGAAGAGGUCGAGAAGCCCGUUCAGCCCGACGAUUCGGGCUCUUCCUCCGCGACAAUUCCCAUCGAACAGGUCCACGGUGCGAAUGAAGAGCAAGGCACGACCGGGGUCGCAGCGACCCAACAUUGA